AUGUUUGUUUCGCCGAAAACUCUUCGCGAAUAUUGUUUCGAUUUUCUGCGCCUUUCGCUCGAAUGCGCGGUGACGUCAUCGCCGGCCUCUCCCGCUCUCCCUCUCAGCGCCGCUCUCGUCGAGGAAUUGCUGCAAACGCUGUCCGAACACCACUUGACGGACGACGUUCUCCUCCAACCCCUCUUCGCGUCGACGCCGUUGUCUCGCGUUUGCAUCGAAGACGCGUCGCUUCUGACCACUCGUUCGCUGCGCUCUCUCCGCUCUCACGCGCUGAAAGAGCUCCGGGUGUCGCGACUUUCGAAAUGCACGAUAAACGAGUUGAUUGGCUGUUUGGGCGACCAAUCGCUGCAACGACUGCGACUCCUCGACGUGUCGCGCUCUGCCUUCACUUCGGCCAAUCAGUUCUGCGUCGUGAUAGGUCUGGCGAAACUGCGAUCCCUGCGCGCGCUCGACGUCUCGCACACCGACUUCAACGCUCACGGCCUUGAGAUCGUGGUGGACGACCUUCCGCUCAUCCAAUCGCUCAACAUCUCCGCCACGCGCGUCAAAGACAUCUCCGCCCUCCGUCGCUAUGGCAACCGUCUGCGGGCGCUCGCGCUCUACAACCUGAAGUGCGACGACCAGUGGAUGACGACAAUCCGCGAAUUGCCACAACUCGCGCUUCUGGACGUCUCGGACGACACCGACAACCCGUUGGACGCGCUGUCGUCGCGCAAACACGACUUUCUGCGCCCUCUGCUGGACACUGAGUUCGCGCGCCUGCAGUCGCUCGACAUCUCCGGCAGAGGCGACACUUUCGACGCGCGCUCUUUGGCGCGCUUUCUGCAGAGAAGGAAACUGGACUUUCUGGGAGUCAUGGCGACGCAACUCGCGUUCGACGACGCGCUCCUCGCCUGCGCGGACAUGGCGGUCGCGGGCAGCGCUUCCGAGGCGCAGAUCCUCCUGGCGCUGCACCGGUACGAAGCGCGCGCCAACUUCGUGCAGAAGUCGCUCUUCCACCUCUACGCGCUGACGCAUGCGUUCUCCGACGCGAAGCCCGACGUCAUCGCCGCGAUUGUGCGCCCGAUGCGACGCCACCUGGCGGUGAUCUCUGUGCAGAUGGCGGCCACGGCGUGUCUCUACAACCUGACCAAGAACGACCAUGGCGACCGUCUCCAUCCACACGUGCUGCGCGCUGUCGUGGAAACGACGCUCCUGGCGAUGGCCGCGCACCCCAACAACCAGCAGUUGCAGAAGAACGCGCUCCUCACCCUCUGUUCGGAUCGCGUGCUCCAAGACGUGACCUUCGACCGCUUCCACUGCACGCAACUCGUGCUGGACUCUCUCGUGGCGUUCAAGGACGCGGCCAUGAACCGCAUGUCGGUCGCCAUCGUGUCCAUCCUGGCCGCCAAGAUCUCCACCGCAGAGACGAGUGUGUUGGGCGCGCGCCCGCACUACAUGGAGGCGCUGCUGGCCAUUGUGCGCACGCGCGUGGCGGACGGCGGCCACAACGACCUGAUGCUGAAGUUCACUUUGAGCGCCCUCUGGAACCUGACGGACGAAUCGCCGAAAACGUGUCAAAUGUUUCUCUCGAAGCGCGGAAUGGAUCUCUAUCUGCGCGUCCUCAACACGUUCCCCGGCGAGUGCGCGGUGGAGACCAAAGUGUUGGGUCUGGUCAACAACAUCGCCGAAGUGCGCGAACUGCGGCACAACCUCCUCGACGUGCAUUUCCUGCGCGUUCUGCAACAACUGAUGCGUUCGCCCCAAAUCGACGUCUCUUACUUCGCCGCCGGCAUCUUCGCGCACUUGUCGUCCGACGGCCAGCAGUUGCAGGAGUUGCCGGACGUUCUCAACGAACUCGUGAGUCAUUCACAGGUCAUUGAACUCCCUCUAAUCACGUGUCUCCCUAAGGUGGAAGUGGUGCUCUCGUGGCAGACGCCCGACAUCGAGAUGGUGGCCUACCGCUCCUUCGUGCCCUUCCUCCCGCUCCUCCAGUGCGCGCAAUGUCCGGCCGUCCAGUUGUGGGCCAUUUGGGCGAUCCAUCACGUGUGCUCCAAAAACCCCAAACGCUAUGUGGAGAUGUUGGUGGCGGAAAAGGGCGCGCAAACCAUUCACGCCAUUUGGGAGCAGAGCGCGGAGGCGGAGGAGAGCGCGCUUUCGCAGUAUUAACUGCUGGCCGUGAAGGACAUCCUCCGCCUCCUCUCCUAUUCCUCUGCGCUCGUGUUCGCCGCUUUGGCCGCAAUCCUCCGAAACCAGCUUUUGGUGGCCUUCUUCGCGCUUCUCCUCUCUCUCGCGCUUCUAAUCCACGUCUUCACUCCAAUCCUGAUUCCCGAAUCCGUUGUUGUCUUUGCGGUCAUUGACCUCUCGUUGGCCGCCCUUUACGCGCAUUUCCUGCAAUAA